GGUUUUGUGAAGAUAAAUCAGAGUAGUUGGUAGCGAAAAAAAUCUUAAUCUAUAUGUUCAUAAUUUUUUGAUAUGCAAAACACUAAUAAUGUUGAAAGUACUCGAAAGCGCCAAUGAUCAAGUGCCCUGCUGUCAGAUUGAACUGUCAAUUCAACGUCAACAUUUUGUGCUCGUUUGUGUGAAAAUGGGUUUUUAGGAGAUUCCGGUAAUUCAUGGACUUGAAACGUGUCGUUUUAUCGUAAAAACAUUGAAUUUGUAAUUAAUAAACUACCACUAGUGUAAACAAUGCAUAAUAUACAUAAAUUUAUCGUUUUGUGUCUCGUUGUUGGGGCGUAUUCAGAUGAACAUAAUCACAUAUAUGGAGAUAACGAAGAGGUGAUACUUUGGAUGAACACUGUUGGUCCUUAUCACAACCGACAAGAAACUUACGCUUAUUUUUCCCUGCCGUUUUGUGUGGGCUCAAAAGACACUAUAAAUCACUACCAUGAAACGCUCAGUGAAGCGCUACAAGGGGUUGAAUUGGAAUUUAGUGGGAUUGACAUUGAAUUCAAAAGUAAUGUACAGAAGGGUGAAUACUGUGCUGUGCAAUUAAAUGAAGACAAAUACAAAGUAUUUGUCUAUGCUGUUAAAAACCACUACUGGUACCAAAUGUACAUUGAUGACUUACCCAUUUGGGGUGUCGUCGGUGAAAUGAAAGAUAACAAUUAUUACAUUUGGACCCACAAAAAGUUUGAAAUUGGUUACAAUGGCAAACAAAUAAUUGAUGUUAAUCUUACAUCAGAAGACAAAGUGCUUUUGACUCCCAAUGGAAAACUAUCUUUCACAUAUGAAGUUAUUUGGAAACCCACUGAAACCAAGUUUGAGGAUAGAUUUGACAAAUAUUUGGACCAUAAUUUCUUUCAACACAGAAUUCACUGGUUUAGCAUAUUCAAUAGUUUCAUGAUGGUCAUAUUUUUGGUUGGUUUGGUGUCUAUGAUUUUGAUGCGCACGUUGCGUAAAGAUUAUGCAAGAUACAGUAAAGAUGAAGAUAUUGAUGAUAUGGAGAGAGAUUUGGGUGAUGAAUACGGUUGGAAGCAAGUCCAUGGCGAUGUGUUCCGUCCAGCUUCCAACUCCCUUGUUUUCUCAUCACUUAUUGGAGCCGGCCACCAACUAACAACAGUCGUAUUUUGUGUAAUAGUUUUCGCAAUCCUUGGAGAAUUAUAUACCGAGCGAGGAUCUCUUCUAUCCACAGCAAUAUUCGUCUACGCAAUAACGUCCCCAAUAAAUGGCUACUUUGGAGGGUCUCUUUACGCGCGAAUGGGGGGAAAACUCUGGAUAAGACAAAUGACAGUGUCUGCAUUUAUGCUGCCUGCGUUUGUUUGCGGCACCGCUUUUUUUAUUAAUUUCAUCGCGAUUUAUUACCACGCAUCAAGGGCGAUUCCUUUUGGAACGAUGGUCGCAGUGACUUGCAUCUGUUUGUUCAUAAUUUUGCCACUGACUCUGGUUGGCACUGUUUUGGGGCGUAAUUUGGCAGGCCAGCCUGAUUAUCCCUGUCGUAUCAACGCAGUACCUCGGCCAAUUCCGGAAAAGAAGUGGUUUAUGGAGCCAGGAGUGAUUAUUUUGAUGGGUGGAAUUUUGCCAUUUGCUAGCAUAUUCAUCGAAAUGUACUUUAUUUUUACGUCGUUCUGGGCUUACAAAAUUUAUUACGUGUAUGGAUUUAUGCUUUUGGUGUUUAUUAUACUGAUGAUUGUAACUGUAUGUGUGACAAUUGUUUGUACAUACUUUCUUCUAAAUGCGGAAGAUUAUCGUUGGCAAUGGACGUCCUUUCUGGCAGCGGCUUCGACUUCUGCCUAUGUCUAUAUUUAUGCAAUUUAUUACUUCUUUUUUAAAACAAAGAUGUAUGGACUGUUCCAGACUGCGUUUUAUUUCGGAUAUAUGGCGCUCUUCAGUGGAGCACUCGGUAUAAUGUGUGGUACGGUGGGUUACGUAGGUACCAGUGUGUUUGUUAGGAAGAUAUAUUCUACUGUUAAAAUUGACUGAAGUGAAUGAGCCAUUUGUAAAUAGUUGACAUCUUCGGAAAUACCGUGCGGACUUUAUACAUCUUAAAUGUAGAAUGGAUGGAUCGUUACAUUCUUGUUAAUUAUGGAUGUGUGAAAAAUUAGUUUUUUUCAAAUUUUCAUUUUCUUUAUUGUGAUUCGAAAUAAACUAUUUAUUAUAAAAUUAUAAUGUUUUUAGAUCAUUAUAAAUCCUACCUAGGUUACGUUUGCACCGCGUAAGUACUUAACUUUACGUUUGUAUGUUUCUAUCUAAUAGUGUGAUAGUCUUUUAAAAAUUAGCCCAAUUGGCCAAAUAUUUUAAGUUUCACAAACCGUAUUUAAAAUGUCCUGAAGGCAGUACAUUUUUUGGCCAACGGAGCUAUGAAUUUUAUUUAAAAUUGUAUGAAAUUUUCGUAUUGAAAACAAAGUUUUAAUUUUGGAUUUUUGUAAAAUUGUUUUUUUAUAAAUAAAUAACCAGAAUGAACGAUGAUUUGUGGUCACUAACAUACUUUCUACUUGUAAAAAUACUAAAUAGGUAAUAAAUUACUGAAAAUACUUUACGUUUAUUUAUUUUAAACAAAUACAAUUAAUUAAUUAUUAAUAUCUAAUAUUAUCUUAAAGUAUAUGUUAUUUAUACGGACAAGUAAGUGUAUAAGUAUGCUAAACUAUUUGUAAAAAACUAGGUAAGGCAAUAUAUCACUGACAAAAAUAUACUAUUCUUUUGAAGUU